AUGCCGGCCACCGGCAACUCCGGACCUAAGGUCAGAGCACCAAGGAUGUCAGUGGACACCCUCAAAUUGCUUGCCCCUGGAUUGAACAAGACCGUGGUGUCUAAGCUCGCACGGCGCCAGGACUCAGAGCUUGAGGCAUCGGUGUGGCAAGAAACGCAGAAGGAGAUAGACUUAGGUUGGGUAUGGGUUUCGACCGAGAUCUCUCUUUGUAGCAUUGUCAUGCGCUUUGGUAUUGUCCAGAACGGUAAGGUUCGCUUGAUUGAUGAUUGUACAAUCUCGUGCCUCAACUUGACGGUUGGGCUUUGCGAAAGGUUCGAGCUACACACUAUUGACAAGCUUGCUGCGAUUCUGUCUUGUGCGCUUGAGAGGACUCCUGCCUCAGGCUUGUCAGGCUGGGUUGGGAGAAAUUAUGAUCUUAAGUCCGCGUACAAGCAGUACGGUGUGCACCCAGUUGAUCGCGCCUUGGUGAGACUGGCAGUCAAUAAACCAGGGGAGGAAGAGCCACUUCUCCUUGGUCUGAAUGCGCUGCCUUUUGGAUCUGUAGCGUCAGUGAGUGCUUUUCUGCGUGUAUCGUUCGCCAUCUGGAAGAUAGGGGUUGUUCUUGCAAAGAUAGUGUGGACUGCGUAUUUUGACGAUUUUACGAAUGUCUGCAGGAACAUCUUGAAGGACAACACUGCUUGGGUCAUCGAGUGCUUGUUUGAUCUGUUAGGGGUUCGCUUCGACAGGUCGGGCAAGAAAGCAAUUGACCAUGCAACCUCCUUUGCAACUCUCGGUUUGCAGGUGGACCUUUCAAAUACAGAGGAUCGUGUGAUUCUUGUCGGCCACACCGACAAACGGCGCGACGAGCUAUGCACUGCACUCAACGAAGUUCUUGAACGGGGUGAGAUGGAGCCUAGGCCUUUCGAGAGGCUGAAGGGGCGCAUGGUUUUCUUCGAAGGCUACAGCUUCGGAAGAGUGAGCAACCAAGCUGUCAGGACUUUGUCGAGGGCUUGCAAACACAAGAACUCGGCCGUUCCCUUGAAUGCUCUACACAGGUCUGCGUUGCAAUUCUUGAUCGAGCGAACUAAGUCUGCUGAGCCCUUGCAGGUUCAGCCGUGCCUCCGGGCAACUUGGAUUCUCUUCACGGACGGAGCUUGUGAGGCUGAGAAAUCUUGGGGUGGCAUCGGAGGUGUCCUCUUUGCCCCGAAUGGCAGCUGUGCUGGCUACUUCGGCGAGUCGGUCCCAGACGAGCUCAUGAAGCAACUCCUGUCCUUUUCGAAGAACCCAAUCUUCGAGCUUGAGAUUGCUUCAAUCUUGAUUGCAUAUGAACUGUGGAAGGGUCUUAUCCAGGGAGCACAACUUGUGUGUUAUCUUGAUAACGAGGGAGCGCGCUACUCUUGCAUCCGUUGCUUUGCAGAUACCUCGAGUGUCGCUGAUGAUUGGGUGCGAGGCAUCCUUCACCUUGAAUCCCAAGUGCGUGUGAACGUGUGGUACGGCCGCGUACCCACUGCAUCGAACAUAGCCGAUGGUGCAGAGGCUUUGCAGGUACAGGUCGCGUCCGACCUGGGCCACUCUCCUUUCAAGAAGGGGGUGACUCCAGGGAUCGCGGCAUCCCCCAGUGCGGAAAACGAAGACCUGUUUUGCCUCUGCUUGACUUGA